CAGGAAGUUUUGAAAUCAGUCAAGCAGAGUGAACCAAAAGCAAGACCAGAGCCUUCUGAUAGAGAAGAGUCGUGCUGGCGAAUGCUUGGGCUGUGACAUGGCUGGAACUGUCUGCAUCAUGAACAGUUUCGUGGCCCUGGUCAUCAUCUGGACCAUGGCAGCACAUGUUGAAACAGACAAGCCUCUUGGAGAGCCUGCGAAGACUGGAUUUCAAACAUGCAAGGAUGCCUUAAAACUACCUGUCUUGGAGGUCCUACCUGGAGGUGGCUGGGAUAAUCUGAGAAAUGUAGACAUGGGACGGGUGAUGGACUUGACAUACACCAACUGUAAGACCACAGAGGAUGGACAGUACAUCAUCCCUGAUGAAGUCUUUACCAUUCCUCAGAAAGAGAGCAACCUGGACAUGAACUCAGAAAUCCUGGAUUCCUGGGUGAAUUACCAGAGCACUACCUCAUUUUCCAUCAAUACAGAACUCUCUCUUUUCUCCAAAGUCAAUGGCAAGUUCUCUACUGAGUUCCAAAGGAUGAAGACCCUUCAGGUAAAGGAUCAAGCUGUAACCACCAGGGUUCAGGUAAGAAACCUGGUCUACACAGUCAAAAAUAGCCCAACUUCAGAACUCAGCUUGGGGUUUAUGAAGGCACUUAUGGACAUCUGUGACCAGCUAGAGAAAAAUCAGACAAAGAUGGCCACCUACCUGGCAGAACUGUUGGUCCUCAACUAUGGCACACACGUAGUCACUAGUGUGGAUGCUGGGGCUGCACUGGUUCAGGAGGACCACAUAAAGUCCUCCUUACUCCUGGACAAUCAGAACAGCCAGAACACAGUGACUGCCUCUGCUGGGAUUGCCUUCUUAAACAUUGUGAACUUCAAACUUGAGGCAGACUACACUUCUCACAAUGAUUUGACCAAGAGCUAUCUUUCUAACAGAACCAACUCAAGGGUACAGAGCAUGGGUGGGGUUCCAUUCUACCCAGGCAUCACCUUAGAAACCUGGCAGAAGGGCAUCAGUAACCACCUGGUGGCAAUAGACCGUGCUGGUUUGCCUCUGCAUUUCUUCAUCAAGCCUGACAAACUGCCCGGCUUGCCAGGUCCCUUGGUGAAGAAGUUGUCGAAGACAGUGGAAACUGCAGUGAGACACUAUUACACCUUUAACACCCACCCUGGCUGCACAAAUGUCGAUUCCCCCAACUUCAAUUUUCAAGCCAAUAUGGAUGAUGGCUCAUGUGAUGAGAAAGUAACCAACUUCACUUUUGGUGGAGUUUACCAGGAAUGCACUGAACUAUCGGGAGAUGUUCUUUGCCAAAACCUAGAGCAGAAGAAUCUGCUCACUGGUGAUUUCUCUUGUCCCUCUGGCUACACCCCUGUCCAUUUGCUGUCUCAGAACCAUGAGGAGGGUUACAGUCGCCUGGAAUGUAAAAAGAAAUGCACCCUCAAAAUCUUCUGCAAGACAGUGUGUGAAGAUGUCUUCCGAGUAGCCAGGGCUGAAUUUAGGGCUUAUUGGUGUGCAGCCACUGGCCAAGUACCUGAAAACUCAGGACUUCUCUUUGGGGGAGUCUUCACUGACAAGAGCAUCAACCCCAUGACAAAUGCACAGUCAUGCCCAGCCAGCUACAUUCCACUGAGCCUGUUUGAGAACCUCAAGGUAUGCGUUUCUCUGGAUUAUGAAUUGGGGUACAGGUUUUCAGUCCCCUUUGGUGGGUUCUUUAGCUGUAUAAUGGGGAAUCCCCUGGUUGAUUCUAAUACAUCCAAAGAUAUAGGAGCACCAUCUCUGAAAAAGUGUCCUGGGGGCUUCAGCCAACACCUAGCUGUUAUCAGUGAUGGAUGCCAAGUGUCCUACUGCGUCAAGGCUGGAAUCUUUACAGGAGGGUCUCUGCUCCCUGUAAGGCUCCCCCCUUACACCAAACCACCCCUCAUGAGCCAAGCUGCCACCAACACCGUCAUAGUGACCAGUAGUGAGACUGCCAGAUCCUGGAUUAAAGACCCCCAGACCAACCAGUGGAAGCUGGGAGAGCCACUGGAGCUGCGUAGAGCCAUGACAGUCAUCCAUGGGGACAGCAGUGGUAUGUCAGGAGGAGAAGCUGCUGGAAUCACUUUGGCAGUCAUCGUGGCACUAGGGGCUGUCAUUGCCUUGGUCAUCUACAAUACCCGGAAGUACAAGAAGAAGGAAUACCAGGCAAUUGACGAGCGAGAGAGUUUGGUUGGAAGUUUAACAACAGAUGCAUCAUCAGCCUCUAAUGGAGAACAGGAUCCAAGUCCAGCAUAAUUGUCUUCAAAGGGAACAGUCUCUGUCAUUUCCAGCCACAGCUUUGAGCAUGCUUUUCACUCGGUUUUCUCUUCUGCAUUCCUAAGUACUGAAGUGACAGUUGCUACAGAAAGCAGGUAUUACAGCUGUGGGACUUCUUGUCUGCACCAGGAAAUUAAAGGGGUUGUUUAAGGAGGAAUGGGGGGGUGGUUCAUUCAGAAAAAGCUGGACUGGGAACAUGGCAUGAAAGGGGUAUGUAUCCAUUCUCAUAAUUGUCUUUACCUGAAUUCAUGUGUAUGAAAAGAGAUUUGGAGAGUGCAUUUGGAGAUUAGCAAUUUAGUCUGAAGUCUUUCCAGUUUGUGAAUGGAAGGGGUUUGUGCUUUAAGUUCCUUGUUUGUAAAGAAGCUCUCUAGGUUUCACAGAUCAAGAAGCAGACAUGACCUUGAAAUGCCACAGGAAGCCUACACAGCCACUAUCCUUUAGCUUUAAGGACUCCGUGUUAAUUUACAGAUUUUCCUCUCCCAGAGUCAUCUCACAGGCAUGCAAGGGGCUUAUACAAAUUCCAUUUUUCUCAACUACCCCACAAUUAGGACUUAGUCUAGAUCAGUCUUGGGCUUCUGAACAGUCUUAACAAGUCCUCAGAAAAUAUUUUAGCUUACAAUUUUCUGUUAGGGGAUGAGGGAUGAGGGAAAUGUAGGGAAACAAGUAACAAACUAAGGAUAAAACCUGGGGUUCUGGAGACGAUGCUACUAUUUCAGAAUUGAAUUCUUAGAUCUGUCAACUAAUAGCCAUUAUGAAUGAGGAACUGAGUGGAGCUGUACUUAGGUUAGAUCAAGCAUUAUGGUUCCAUGCUCAUGUUUCAAAUAUAUAACCCUUUCCCCUCUCUCCCCUUCAUCUUUCCUCUUUCUCCUCUUCAUCCUCUCUAGCCUUCAUUCUCCUCUCUCCUUUAUCCUUCCUAUCUCUUUCUCCUUCCCGUCUUCUCAUCAUGGGUGGGUACAGACACAUAAACAUGCCCUAUAUUCCAACAAGAAGCUUUUAUUUUCCUAGUGGUGAAAAAAAAACGCAAAAGUCAAAAAGCCCCCAUUUAAGUAUUACUUCUUCUCUAAAACUAAAACUACAUAGAAAGCACUAUUUUCUGUCCCUUUAGGCUUUGCUGGUUUUCACUGCUAGAAACAGGACUGAUAUGACAAAAAGUUAUGUCAUUAAAUUAACUGGAAAAGGCUUCCAGACCCCCCCUGUGAUAUUUAUUUCAAUUACAGGAUGAUUUCCAUGGGGUAUCUGUCAGGAUACAUGAUUGAUACCUGGCAGUAGUUGGGGUUUUACUCAAUUUUAAUAUCUGAUUUAAUUCUCUACAACAUAGAAAUUCUUCCACAGCUGCUUUAGAAAUUAUGAAUCCAUUCACCACAGCACACCACCAGUGGGCUAUUGUCUAUGAAAGAUAGUGUUCUCUCUUUAAUGUUGAGAGUCAAGGACCUGUGUACACAGUAGGCCCUUCUGAAGAGCUCCAAGUGUCUCGGCCUCUGGGAACGUGGGAAGAAUUACUCAUCCAUGUCCAGCUGAGAUACAGAGAGGAAUGAACAGCUGAGUUUGAACUACUAUUGCCCUACAGCCCAGCCAAGGGCGUUGAUCCCACAGCCCCCCACCAAACCUGUCCUUUUCAGUAUUAAAAUGUGUUCUGUGGGUUCUGAGUGAAUUCUAUAUGUUUCAGACAAGCUAACAACUUUCUUUUCCUUGGAUGUAUCCAACAGUCAGUUACAUUUUAUGUAUGGAUAAAUAUACUACCACAUCA